AUGACUCCCCCUUCAUCAACGUCACAACAUAUGGGCGAUGCUGCAGCUACUCCCUUCCGUCGACCACGCUCAGAUUCAGACACCUUCCUCGCAUCACCACCGGCCACCAUUGACAAAACACUCUGCGUAGCAUACGGCGCGUCAGUAGAUCUCCCAUCCUCGAGAGAUAUCGACAAUGCAGAUGAGGUGCAAUUACGAAAAGUUGCGAAAGAAUUGCUCGUAUUUGCACAGGAGUUCCGCAUGUCAGCUGCUCACUUCAAACUUCAACACAGCCUCUUAUCGCUCACCAGCAGUGAGGCGAUAAACAGAGCCGAAGUGGAACAGCGGCUGGCAAAAAGGGAAGUCGAGAUUUUGCAGAGUAUAGAAUAUCGCCAUCGACGCGGCCUCAGCUUGGAGAAAUCCCCUGAAUUGUCUCCCAAGCCUUGUCAGGCAGAUGCCACACUGAGACGGAUCAAAGAGCUCGAGGACGCGAACAUCACACUGGAACGCCGUUUGCGUCGAGCUAAACGAAUAAUUGAAGAUGAAACCGACAAGAACGAGCUGCUCUUCGAGGAGAACAGCCGUCUUAAGAAGCGCAUACGUGAAAAUCGUGAGCACUUUACUCUUAUGCUGGGCCAUGCAUCUCUGGCAUCCAGUCCACAAGCCGAAUUUCUCACCCCUCAAAGAAAAACUACUACUCCUCGAUACCCAGAUAGUGCCCGAAGUCAUGUGAGCGGGGUUGGCAGCCAGGAUCCGAUCGCUGCACUACUUGCAGCCGGCCAAGUUUUGCAUGGAGAAAAUGUCAGCGCGCACUCUACACCAUCGCGAAGUCACUCCCACCACAAACGCAACAGUCACUCCCACCGCUACUCUCACUCCCACUCCCAACCCCACAACCAUAACCACAACCACCACCAGGACCGCACCUGCGGGACCCACCCCGUAUCCUCCCUUCCUGUAACCCCGCAACGAUCCUGUGCCAGAGAAUCCCAAGGACAUUUCUUCACUCCAAUCAACAAACGGACCCCAAACUCUCGUCGCAGCAACCACCACAACGAUUCUGCUUCAAUCUUACUCCGUGAGGGCGAAGGGCUUGACCGUCAUGAUCGCGAUAGCACGAUAUCCGCAUCUGAUGAUGACGACGAAGAGGCACUUACCGACCAAGACGUCCCCGCUUCGCAGGCCAGCUCGCUAGCUACGAGCAUGCUCCGCCGGUAUCCUGGCGGAAGCAGCAGCCAGGAGCAACAACAGCAUCGCCAACAUCAUAGUUCGAAUAUCUCUAAAUCUAGCUCUAUCCUACAAAGCAAGUUGUUUGGGCAUGUUAAGAAGGCUGGUGUUGAGCGAGAGAGUAGUGGAGAUAAGUGUAAUAAUAUCCUGAAGCGGAAAUCUAUUAGUUAUGGCAAUGGCGAUAGCGGGGAGGAGAUUGCGGCUAAGAGGCUAAGGUUUGGGGAGCAGGUUGGGCUCGGAAUUCAGUCUUGA